CCCCAUCGUAUUUUCUCACUGAAGCCCCAGUCCUGUCAGCAAACCGAAUAAUUGGCACAGCCUGCUUCGUCUUGGUGCGUGCAUCCGGCUCGGCAACCGGAGCAAGACUCCCGGUCAUGCAGCGUCCGAGGACACUUCUACUGAGGGGGCGCACGGACAUCGCGAAGCGCUUUCGACGACUUUACCAUAAGAGCGGCGCCGUGCUGGCGGACACGACUUGAUCGCUCCUGCUUACCUCUCAAGCUGCUCACCAUCUCUCUGCCCUUGUCUCACGAACAUCCAGCUAUCGAAAUGACGACCAUCAAUGGACACUCGUUGAACGGAAAUGGACACGCCGCGAAUGGCAACGGACACGCUAGCAUCGACGUAGCCCCUUCGACACAGGUCAAGACAGUCCACUUCUCCUCCAAGCAUCCCGACCUUACGCUCUUGUACCUCGACGCAGCCACUCCUGCAUCUUCCUCUUCGAAUAAGCCCCUCAUCUUCUAUAUCCACGGCGGAGGUUUUGUAGUUGGAGAUGCCUACCUCAUCCCUGCGCAUCUCAUCGCUCUUGCCCAGAACAUGGGAGCGGCCCUAGUCAGCGUCAACUAUCGUCUCUGCCCAGAAGUCGGCAUUCGCAAUGGGGUCGAGGAUGUCGAGGAGGCUUGGCAGUACGUCUUCAAGGGUGGGCUCGGUCAAAGCUUCGAAGCGUCCAAGACGCUCAUCGUUGGAGCCAGCGCUGGCUCUCAUUACGCCGUACAGAUGCUCCUCACCACGGAUCCGGCUGCCCAGCCUGCUGCGUUUCUCAACAUCUACGGCGCUGUAGGCGUAGACGUCUCCAGGUACGGCCAGCCGAUCCCGCAGUCGGUCCUCCCUCACCCGCUCCUCGACAUGCCCGGCGGCUUCCCACCUCUUAACCAGCUCAUCCACAACCUCUACAAUAAGCCAGAGGGAGCAAGUGACAAUGUCAGCGAAUGGCCUGCAGGCGCCUCGCUCAAGUCUGGUCUCCUGCAGCCGUCCGAGGUGCGCCUUGGCGUCCUCGACCAGCUGCUGGCAAAGGAGAAAAUCGACCACCCCGAGAAGUGGGAAGCCUUCUGGGCGGCGAAUGGUCUGUCGAAAUCCCUCUACGGCGAUCUUCAAGCCGGCGUGCGCAUGAAGCCAGAAGACAUCGCUCGCAGCCUUCUGCUGCCGUGGGGCUUCCGUACGGGCAACUUCGUUGAGAUGCUUCGCGAUGCCGAUGCAGGGCAGACUUUGGAAGAGUCAGACGUCUACCUCAAUAUCACCAAGAGACUGCAAGGGGCUGCUGACCCAGCCUCGACUGGUCGUCUGCCACCGACGAUGAGCGUGCACGGCUCAGCAGACGUUCUUGUUCCGCCCUCGGUCAGCGAAGGGUUCCACGCCGUCAUGAAGGCGCGCGGUGAGGAGAGCGAGCUACUCAUCGUCGAGGGCAAAGAGCAUGGCUUCGAUUGCGGGGAGUGGGUCUUUGGACAGGACGACGAUGUCAGGAAGGUCGACAUGUGGGUGAGAGCGAAGCUGGGGGUCACAGCUGCCUGAACGGAUCCCACCCGCCCGCCUUUUUCGCCGUCUCUUAUCUUGUUGUGCUCGUAGAAUUGCUCGCAUUUGCUCG